GAAAAGGAAAAGGAAUCAGCUGAGUGGCAUGGGGUGACACAACAGUAUCGGUGCCUGUUUGCCGUGGGUGAGCCUACAAACAUCCGGUCUACAAUUUGGGUGGGUGAUGGAAUGGGGUCCUGCUACAUCACCAUUGCAAAUGUAAGAUGUGAGCCUGAUUCACUCCUGACCAUGGAUCCGAUGGUGAAUGGAUUAUAGCCUGCAAAAUUCAUUGCCAGGGAGCCAAAUGCACAUGGAGUAGGCAGGUGAAAGGUGAACUUGGCAUAUGAUCCAUCCAACUGGUGGUUCCCCCCUCUAAUAAGCCAAAAAAGAUCGGUGCACAAGGAUGAAUAGUUCACCCAGGACACUAAAAAAUGAUGAUUUUGUUUUUAAUUUUUUUUUUAAUCAUGGGGUUGGCAGGUGCUUGAACAAUGAAAACCAACUUGUAGGGAUGGUGUAGAUAAAACCAUUCGACUAAAGUAUCUAGAGUUCUAAAGAAAAAGGAACAAAUUUUGAAUUUUCAAAUAUGAAAAAAUCCUUCCAAUUUGAUAUGUUUCUACAAUUAAAUAAUUUUUUCUCCAUCCUCAUUUGUUUCAUUUCUUUAAAUUAUAUAGAAGGGAGUUAUUUGAUACUUUGGUAGAAUAUGCCAAUAUGAUUCACUAGAAUAAGCUACAGGUUGUUAUUGUUUUUUUUUUUUCUUUUUUCUUUUCUUUUUUCUUCUUCAUUUAUAAAUAGUAAUUUUUGUGCCCUCAUAUUUAUUUCAUAGCUUUUGGUUAACCGAACUCAUUUUCUAGAGAAUUUUCUGGAAGUUACUAGUUAUAGGUUGACUAUAUACAAUCAGAUUGAUGAUUAUGGGCAAGAAGAGAAGUGGAGAAUGCAGAAAUAGGUCUUUGCUUUCAUUGAUGUUGAGAAACUUGGAUCCAUCACAUUUAGACAGCUGUUCCUGUGACAACAGGCGUAUCACACGAAGAGGAAACCUUGACGAAAUUGCCUACAUGAUGAGCUGCACUUCUAUUGGACAUGGCAAAACACCCGUCGUUCAGCCAUUUUGUUGGUUGGAUAUCUUUGAUAGAUCACUUUCCGCAAAUUGCAUGGAUUGGGAGAUCCUAGCCACCAAGAUGAUGGAUCAUUUUCACUAUCAUAGACUAUUUUGCCAACAUUCCUCAAAAAUCAACUAUUACACUGAUUGGAUGCAUUAGCAGGAAUUCCCAACCGGGACCCCACCAAAUGAUCUCUCUAGGUCACUGUGCCGAUGUCCAAUUUGAGUGUAGUUCACAUUCAAGGAAACCUGGUACUCUGCAUACAGGCUAGGUCUCCCAUUUUUCUAGUAAAAUGUUCUUGCCAAAUCGAGAUUCAAGCUCACAGCAUGACCCAUUGAUGAAAUUUUGAGAUUGUUUCCAAUUGAUUACCCCACAGUUCUUGCUCGGAUCAGCCCGUAUAAUGAAGCAGCCAUUGUUUCAGCAAGCUUGCAUAGCAACCUUUAAUGAUUGUGAUGACAAAGGCAAGGGUUACAUCACAAAGCAACAGGUAAUAUCUGCUCUGUUGUUUUCCUGUAACAAGCUUUUUGCCUAUUUUGUCCCCUUGUCUCUGAUCCUAUUGUGUGCACCGUUGGGAGAUGCCAUCCAUUCUGCAAUGCUGAGCAUGAAUGACGAUAAUGUAUCUGAGCUAUUCAACUUGUUUGAAAGUGACAAUGACGGUGCUAUUAGUUCUAGCAAUUUCAUGGCCUUCCUAAGAAGGAAUCCACUGCUUGUUGCGCUCUUUGCUUCUAAUUCGAUGCAUUGUGGCUUGAUAGAAGGUGGAAAGCUAGUGAUUGCAUGAUGAUUAUAUGGGCAUAUUAAAGUCCCUGUGAAAUGCUCGAUGAUUGGCUUCUAAUUCAACGUUGUGUGACUUACAAUAGGUGGGAAACUAGAGGUUGUAUGAUGAACAUAUGGGAAUGUGAUUAAAUGAAACGAUCGAUGUUUGGCUUA